AUGUUGUUGUGUGGUCGGUUGUGUUGUUGUGUGGUCGGUCGUGUUGUUGUGUGGUCGGCCGUGUUGUUGUGUGGUCGGUCGUGUUGUUGUGUGGUCGGUCGUGUUGUUGUGUGGUCGGUCGUGUUGUUGUGUGGUCGGCCGUGUUGUUGUGUGGUCGGCUGUGUUGUUGUGUGGUCGGUCGUGUUGUUGUGUGGUCGGUCGUGUUGUUGUGUGGUCGGCUGUGUUGUUGUGUGGUCGGUCGUGUUGUUGUGUGGUCGGUCGUGUUGUUGUGUGGUCGGCUGUGUUGUUGUGUGGUCGGUCGUGUUGUUGUGUGGUCGGUCGUGUUGUUGUGUGGUCGGCUGUGUUGUUGUGUGGUCGGUCGUGUUGUUGUGUGGUCGGUCGUGUUGUUGUGUGGUCGGCUGUGUUGUUGUGUGGUCGGUCGUCGUGUUGUUGUGUGGUCGGUCGUGUUGUUGUGUGGUCGGCCGUGUUGUUGUGUGGUCGGCUGUGUUGUUGUGUGGUCGGUCGUGUUGUGUGUGUGGUCGGUCGUGUUGUUGUGUGGUCGGCUGUGUUGUUGUGUGGUCGGCCGUGUUGUUGUGUGGUCGGUCGUGUUGUUGUGUGGUCGGCCGUGUUGUUGUGUGGUCGGUCGUGUUGUUGUGUGGUCGGUCGUGUUGUUGUGUGGUCGGUCGUGUUGUUGUGUGGUCGGUCGUGUUGUUGUGUGGUCGGUCGUGUUGUUGUGUGGUCGGCUGUGUGUUGUUGUGUGGUCGGUCGUGUUGUUGUGUGGUCGGUCGUGUUGUUGUGUGGUCGGCUGUGUUGUUGUGUGGUCGGUCGUGUUGUUGUGUGGUCGGUCGUGUUGUUGUGUGGUCGGCCGUGUUGUUGUGUGGUCGGCUGUGUUGUUGUGUGGUCGGUCGUGUUGUUGUGUGGUCGGUCGUGUUGUUGUGUGGUCGGCUGUGUUGUUGUGUGGUCGGUCGUGUUGUUGUGUGGUCGGUCGUGUUGUUGUGUGGUCGGUCGUGUUGUUGUGUGGUCGGUCGUGUUGUGUGUGUGGUCGGUCGUGUUGUUGUGUGGUCGGUCGUGUUGUUGUGUGGUCGGCCGUGUUGUUGUGUGGUCGGUCGUGUUGUUGUGUGGUCGGUCGUGUUGUUGUGUGGUCGGUCGUGUUGUUGUGUGGUCGGUCGUGUUGUUGUGUGGUCGGUCGUGUUGUGUGUGUGUGUGGUCGGCUGUGUUGUUGUGUGGUCGGUCGUGUUGUUGUGUGGUCGGUCGUGUUGUUGUGUGGUCGGCUGUGUUGUUGUGUGGUCGGUCGUGUUGUUGUGUGGUCGGUCGUGUUGUUGUGUGGUCGGCCGUGUUGUUGUGUGGUCGGCUGUGUUGUUGUGUGGUCGGUCGUGUUGUUGUGUGGUCGGUCGUGUUGUUGUGUGGUCGGCUGUGUUGUUGUGUGGUCGGCCGUGUUGUUGUGUGGUCGGUCGUGUGUUUGUGUGGUCGGUCGUGUUGUUGUGUGGUCGGUCGUGUUGUUGUGUGGUCGGUCGUGUUGUUGUGUGGUCGGUCGUGUUGUUGUGUGGUCGGUCGUGUUGUUGUGUGGUCGGUCGUGUUGUUGUGUGGUCGGUCGUGUUGUUGUGUGGUCGGCUGUGUUGUUGUGUGGUCGGUCGUGUUGUUGUGUGGUCGGUGGUUGUGUGUGUGGCGUGUGUUGUGGUCGGUCGUGUUGUUGUGUGUGUGGUCGGUCGUGUUGUUGUGUGGUCGGUCGUGUUGUUGUGUGGUCGGUCGUGUUGUUGUGUGGUCGGUCGUGUUGUUGUGUGGUCGGUCGUGUUGUUGUGUGGUCGGUGUGUUGUUGUGUGUGUGGUCGGUCGUGUUGUUGUGUGGUCGGUCGUGUGUUGUUGUGUGGUCGGUCGUGUUGUUGUGUGGUCGGCUGUGUUGUUGUGUGGUCGGCUGUGUUGUUGUGUGGUCGGUCGUGUUGUUGUGUGGUCGGUCGUGUUGUUGUGUGGUCGGCUGUGUUGUUGUGUGGUCGGUUGUGUUGUUGUGUGGUCGGUCGUGUUGUUGUGUGGUCGGUCGUGUUGUUGUGUGGUCGGUCGUGUUGUUGUGUGGUCGGUCGUGUUGUUUGUGUGGUCGGUCGUGUUGUUGUGUGGUCGGUCGUGUUGUUGUGUGGUCGGCCGUGUUGUUGUGUGGUCGGUCGUGUUGUUGUGUGGUCGGUCGUGUUGUUGUUGUGUGGUCGGUCGUGUUGUUGUGUGGUCGGUCGUGUUGUUGUGUGGUCGGUCGUGUUGUUGUGUGGUCGGCUGUGUUGUUGUGUGGUCGGCUGUGUUGUUGUGUGGUCGGUCGUGUUGUUGUGUGGUGUGGUCGUUUGUCGUGUUGUGUGUUGUGUCGGUCGUGUUGUUGUGUGGUCGGUCGUGUUGUUUGUGUGGUCGGUCGUGUUGUUGUGUGGUCGGUCGUGUUGUUGUGUGGUCGGUCGUGUUGUUGUGUGGUCGGUCGUGUUGUUGUGUGGUCGGUCGUGUUGUUGUGUGGUCGGUCGUGUUGUUGUGUGGUCGGUCGUGUUGUUGUGUGGUCGGUCGUGUUGUUGUGUGGUCGGUCGUGUGUGUGUGGUCGGUCGUGUUGUUGUGUGGUCGGUCGUGUUGUUGUGUGGUCGGUGUGUGUUGUGUGGUCGGUCGUGUUGUUGUGUGGUCGGUCGUGUUGUUGUGUGGUCGGUCGUGUUGUUGUGUGGUCGGUGUGUUGUUGUGUGGGUCGGUGUGUUGUUGUGUGGUCGGUCUGUGUUGUUGUGUGGUCGGUGUGUUGUUGUGUGGUCGGUCGUGUUGUUGUGUGGUCGGUCGUGUGUUGUUGUGUGGUCGGUCGUGUUGUUGUGUGGUCGGCUGUGUUGUUGUGUGGUCGGCUGUGUUGUUGUGUGGUCGGCGUGUUGUUGUGUGGUCGGCCGUGUUGUUGUGUGGUCGGUCGUGUUGUUGUGUGGUCGGCGUGUUGUUGUGUGGUCGGUCGUGUUGUUGUGUGGUCGGUCGUGUUGUUGUGUGGUCGGCUGUGUUGUUGUGUGGUGGCGGUUGUGUGUGGUCGGUCGUGUGUUGUGUGGUCGGCCGUGUUGUUGUGUGUGUGGUCGGCUGUGUUGUGUGUGUGGUCGGUCGUGUUGUUGUGUGGUCGGUCGUGUUGUUGUGUGGUCGGUCGUGUUGUUGUGUGGUCGGUCGUGUUGUUGUGUGGUCGGUCGUGUUGUUGUGUGGUCGGUCGUGUUGUUGUGUGGUCGGUCGUGUUGUUGUGUGGUCGGUCGUGUUGUUGUGUGGUCGGUCGUGUUGUUGUGUGGUCGGUGUGUGUGUGUGUGUGUUGUGGUCGGUGUGUUGUUGUGUGGUCGGCUGUGUUGUUGUGUGGUCGGCUGUGUUGUUGUGUGGUCGGUCGUGUUGUUGUGUGGUCGGUCGUGUUGUUGUGUGGUCGGUCGUGUUGUUGUGUGGUCGGUCGUGUUGUUGUGUGGUCGGCUGUGUUGUUGUGUGGUCGGCUGUGUUGUUGUGUGGUCGGCUGUGUUUUGUGUGGUCGGCUGUGUUGUUGUGUGGUCGGCUGUGUUGUUGUGUGGUCGGUCGUGUUGUUGUGUGGUCGGCUGUGUUGUUGUGUGGUCGGUCGUGUGUUGUUGUGUGGUCGGUCGUGUUGUUGUGUGGUCGGUCGUGUGUUGUGUGUGUGGUCGGUCGUGUUGUUGUGUGGUCGGUCGUGUUGUUGUGUGGUCGGUCGUGUGUUGUGUGUCGGCGUGUGUUGUGUGGUCGGUCGUGUUGUUGUGUGGUCGGCUGUGUUGUUGUGUGGUCGGUCGUGUUGUUGUGUGGUCGGCGUGUUGUUGUGUGGUCGGUCGUGUUGUUGUGUGGUCGGUCGUGUUGUUGUGUGGUCGGUCGUGUUGUUGUGUGGUCGGUCGUGUUGUUGUGUGGUCGGCGUGUUGUUGUGUGGUCGGUCGUGUUGUUUGUGUGGUCGGCGUGUUGUUGUGUGGUCGGUCGUGUUGUUGUGUGGUCGGUCGUGUGUGUUGUGUGGUCGGUCGUGUUGUUGUGUGGUCGGUCGUGUUGUUGUGUGGUCGGUCGUGUUGUUGUGUGGUCGGUCGUGUUGUGUGUGUGGUCGUGUUGUUGUGUGGUCGGCUGUGUUGUUGUGUGGUCGGCUGUGUGUGUGUGUGUGGUCGGUGUGUUGUGUGGUCGGUCGGUUGUGUGUGUGUGUUGUGUGGUCGGUCGUGUUGUUGUGUGGUCGGUCGUGUUGUUGUGUGUGGUCGGUCGUGUUGUUGUGUGGUCGGUCGUGUUGUGUGUGUGGUGUGUUGGUCGUGUGUUGUUUGUGUGUGGUCGGUGUGUUGUUGUGUGGUCGGUCGUGUGUUGUUGUGUGGUCGGUCGUGUUGUUGUGUGGUCGGUCGUGUUGUUGUGUGGUCGGUCGUGUUGUUGUGUGGUCGGUCGUGUUGUUGUGUGGUCGGUCGUGUUGUUGUGUGGUCGGUCGUGUUGUUGUUGUGUGUUGUUGUGUGGUCGGUCGUGUUGUUGUGUGGUCGGUCGUGUGUUGUUGUGUGGUCGGUCGUGUUGUUGUGUGGUCGGUCGUGUUGUUGUGUGGUCGGUGUGUUGUUGGUGGUCGUGUGUUGUUGUGUGGUCGGUCGUGUUGUUGUGUGGUCGGUCGUGUGUGUUGUGUGGUCGGUCGUGUUGUUGUGUGUCGUCGUGUUGUUGUGUGGUCGGUCGUGUUGUUGUGUGGUCGGCGUGUUGUUGUGUGGUCGGUUGUGUUGUUGUGUGGUCGGUCGUGUUGUUGUGUGUCGGUGUGUUGUUGUGUGGUCGGUCGUGUUGUUGUGUGGUCGGCGUGUUGUUGUGUGGUCGGUGUGUUGUUGUGUGGUCGGUGUGUUGUUGUGUGGUCGGUCGUGUUGUUGUGUGGUCGGUCGUGUUGUUGUGUGGUCGUGUGUUGUUGUGUGGUCGGUGUGUUGUUGUGUGGUCGGUCGUGUUGUUGUGUGGUCGGUCGUGUUGUUGUGUGGUCGGUCGUGUUGUUGUGUGGUCGGUCGUGUUGUGUGUGGUCGGUCGUGUUGUUGUGUGGUCGGUCGUGUUGUUGUGUGGUCGGUCGUGUUGUUGUGUGGUCGGUCGUGUUGUUGUGUGUGUCGGUCGUGUUGUUGUGUGUCGGUCGGUGUGUUGUGUGGUCGGUGUGUUGUGUGGUCGGUCGUGUUGUUGUGUGUGGUCGGUUGUGUGUUGUUGUUGUGUCGGUCGGUGUGUUGUUGUGUGGUCGGCUGUGUUGUUGUGUGUCGGCGUGUUGUUGUGUGGUCGGCCGUUGUUGUUGUGUGUGUUCGGUCGUGUUGUUGUGUGGUCGGUCGUGUUGUUGUGUGGUCGGUGUGUGUUGUUGUGUGGUCGGCUGUGUUGUGUGUGUGGUCGGCGUGUUGUUGUGUGGUCGGCCGUGUUGUUGUGUGGUCGGUCGGUGUUGUUGUGUGGUCGGUCGUGUUGUUGUGUGGUCGGUUGUGUUGUUGUGUGGUCGGUUGUUGUUGUGGUGUUGUGUGGUCGGCUGUGUUGUUAUGUGGUCGGUCGUGUUGUUGUGUGGUCGGUCGUGUUGUUGUGUGGUCGGUUGUGUUGUUGUGUGUGGUCGGUCGUGUUGUUGUGUGGUCGGCUGUGUUGUUGUGUGGUCGGCCGUGUUGUUGUGUGGUCGGUCGUGUUGUUGUGUGGUCGGUCGUGUUGUUGUGUGGUCGGCUGUGUUGUUGUGUGGUCGGCCGUGUUGUUGUGUGGUCGGUCGUGUUGUUGUGUGGUCGGUCGUGUUGUUGUGUGGUCGGCUGUGUUGUUGUGUGGUCGGCCGUGUUGUUGUGUGGUCGGCUGUGAUGUUGUGUGGUCGGUCGUGUUGUUGUGUGGUCGGUCGUGUUGUUGUGUGGUCGGUCGUGUUGUUGUGUGGUCGGUCGUGUUGUUGUGUGGUCGGCUGUGUUGUUGUGUGGUCGGUCGUGUUGUUGUGUGGUCGUGUCGUGUUGUUGUGUGGUCGGUCGUGUUGUUGUGUGGUCGGUGUGUUGUUGUGUGGUCGGUCGUGUUGUUGUGUGGUCGGCUGUGUUGUUGUGUGGUCGGCUGUGUUGUUGUGUGGUCGGUCGUGUUGUUGUGUGGUCGGUCGUGUUGUUGUGUGGUCGGUCGUGUUGUGUGUGUGGUCGUCGGCUGUGUUGUUGUGUGGUCGGCUGUGUUGUUGUGUGGUCGGCUGUGUUGUUGUGUGGUCGGCUGUGUUGUUGUGUGGUCGGUCGUGUUGUUGUGUGGUCGGUCGUGUUGUUGUGUGGUCGGCUGUGUUGUUGUGUGGUCGGCUGUGUUGUUGUGUGGUCGGCUGUGUUGUUGUGUGGUCGGUUGUGUUGUUGUGUGGUCGGUCGUGUUGUUGUGUGGUCGGUCGUGUUGUUGUGUGGUCGGUGUGUUGUUGUGUGGUCGGCCGUGUUGUUGUGUGGUCGGUGUGUUGUUGUGUGGUCGGUCGUGUUGUUGUGUGGUCGGCUGUGUUGUUGUGUGGUCGGUCGUGUUGUUGUGUGGUGUGUUGUGUUGUGGUCGGUCGUGUGUUGUUGUGUGGUCGGCUGUGUUGUUGUGUGGUCGGUCGUGUUGUUGUGUGGUCGGUCGUGUUGUUGUGUGGUCGGUGUGUUGUUGUGUGGUCGGCUGUGUUGUUGUUGUGUGGUCGGCUGUGUUGUUGUGUGGUCGGCGUGUUGUUGUGUGGUCGGUUGUGUGUGUGUGUGUGGUCGGUCGUGUUGUUGUGUGGUCGGUCGUGUUGUUGUGUGGUCGGCCGUGUUGUUGUGUGGUCGGUGUUGUGUGGUGGUGGUGUUGUGUGGUCGGUCGUGUUGUUGUGUGGUCGGUCGUGUUGUUGUGUGGUCGGCCGUGUUGUUGUGUGGUCGGUGUUGUGUGGUCGGUGUUGUGUGGAACACCAUCACGUAUCGCACAGACGCUAACCUCAUUGUGUCACGCUCAGAAAGCUAAAACCUGGCGGAUUGUGCUGAGACUUCACACCGGCUGGUCCCUGGGGGCCUGUGCGGAGCUGGGAGCGUGGGGCUCAUCACUUACAUUCCCCUGA